AUGGGUGGACGAAAUAUUAGUACGACAAAAAGUGGAAAAUUUAUGAAUCCAACGGAUCAAGCUCGAAAAGAAGCUCGAAAAAAAGAAUUAAAGAAAAAUAAAAAACAACGUUUAUUAGUUCGACAAAAUGUUCUUAAAGGAAAAAAUCCUAGAGGUCUUAUUUCGGAAAUGGAACAUCUUGAUCGAAUGGAAUAUGAUCCAGUUAAUCCAGCACCAUAUAAUAUUAAAGUUUUACAAGAAAAACGUAAAAAAGUUAAAGAAACAUGGGAUCGAGUUUAUCGACUUUAUUCAAAAGAUCAACCAGAAUCAGUAACACAAAUGGAUUCAUUAUUAGCUGAGUAUGAAAGAGGACGUGGUCAACUUAUUACUUGGUUUGAAUCAGUCAAAGAAACACAACGUGUAACUGUUGAUGAAAUUCCAAUGCCGGAAUUACCUAGUGGAUCUAUAGCAAGUGAAAUAAAUAGUAUGCCAACAAGUCAUCAUGAUGCACCACGAAGUAUUCUAAAACAAAAAGAUUCAAGCGAACAAACACAACGUAUUGUUGUUACGAAAAAACCACCAGGUCCUCCACCUGGUCGACCACCAAUUUUAAGUGAUAAUGAAGAUAUUAGUGAUGAUGAAGAAGAAACACCAUCAACAUCAAAACCUCCUCAACAAAAUGAACGACGACGUAUUCGUUUUGCUGAUUCAUCGUCAGUUCCAACGACAGCAAGUGUUAGUCGAUGGAGUGAUAAUAUUCCAACUGAAGAAGCAGAAUUUGGUACACCAGUUGCUACUGCAGCUGCUGAACCACCACAAUAUAAUACAGAACGACCACUCAUUAUGCCACCACCAUUUCCACCACCUCCUCGUGGAAUGCGAUUACCUCCACCACCACCUCCAGCUGCAUUUUUUGCUGCAAAUCCAAAUGUUCGAGUGCCUCCUAAUGUUCGACCAUCAUUUCCUCCGAAUGUACCAUCAUCAAAAUUAAUUCAUCAACAACCACCAAAUGUAUUCAGUGCACCACCAAGUCUUAUUGUAAAACCACCACAAACAUCAAUAUCAUCGAAUCCAGCACCUGUACCAACUAAACCUAGUAUGACAUUUGAAGCUAAACCUCAAAUAAGAGCACGUCAAGAUGUUACAAAAUUUGUACCAACUGUACUUAAAGUCAAACGUAGUGGUACAACAAGUAGUACUGGUAUUAAAACUACAGAUAAAACAAGUGGAAUACAAUCAACAUCUCGUUUUGAAGAUCCACUUUCAAUGAAAGGACGUAUGGGAAAUACAACUGGUAUGACAAAUCAACAUUUAAUGAUGACUGGACCAUCAACUGAUGAUGCAUAUGAUACAUUUAUGAAAGAAAUUAAUCAAUUGAUUUAA